CACACCCCACUUACAAAGUAGGCGGACGGGGGAAUGGAGCUCCUGGCUGGCAGCAAACGGGGCUACAAAAGGAAAAGGGAAGAAGAAAAAUAUUACAGCAGAAAAAUGAAGCCUUUUUUAGGACUUCACCCUAAUGCUCUUGCCUACUCGAUGACCACGUUAGGCGCUGGAAUGAUGAACAGUAUCUUCAAUUUCUAUUAUGUGAAACUCUUUUUAAACAAGUACAAGAUCUCAGAAUCAGCAUUCAAUCAAGGGCAGGUUGUUUUCAUGAUCUGGAAUGCCAUCAACGACCCUCUUUUCGGGUACUUUCAGGACAACUCCCAGGUGCCCUGUUGCUCCCGCCGUCAGUUUUCGAUUCUGUACGGGGCCCCCUUGUACGCCCUGGCUUUCCUCCUCCCGUGGUUUCCUUGGAAGCAAUACGAGGAAGACGACUGGCUCUGCGGGCUGCAUCUGAUCGUGGCCUUGUGCGCCUUUGAUGGCCUGCUCACGUUCGUCUUGCUGGCGCAGUGCGCCCUUUUCGCCGAAACCUCCACCCGGCACGAGAGUCGCCUCCAGCUGAUUAAGUACAACCAGGUAGCCAGCUUGGUCGGCUCCACCAGCAUCCUGUUCUGUGGUUUGAUCUCGGCCAACAUGGAGCGCUUCGCCUACUUCCAGGCCUUCACGGUGCUGGUAGCGGUCGUCGCAACGGCUUGCAUGUCCUACACCGGCUUCUACAGCACGACUCAGUACGAGCAAAGGGAAUCCUUGAUGGAAGGGUCUGAUCCAGAAAGCACCAAGGCCCCCUCCCUCUCUUGGUCUUUGGUGUUCUCGUUGACCCGCCAGAUCUUGACUCAGAAAAACUUCCUGCUUUUUGUCAUCAUGAACUUUUUCCAAGUCUUCCACUUAGCCUUCUGCAACAAUUUCAUGAUGAUCUUUGCAGAUAAUCUCAUCCCAAACGGAGUCCUUUCUUCCUCCGUCCGAAGCUUUAUGUACGGGGCAGGUUUCAUUUGUCCGCAG